UGUGAAGGCAAUCAUCACAGACCUGUCUGAGUUUCCAUUGUAAGAAGGCUGAUCUCACAAGCUCCAGCAACGAUGACUCUAACUCAAGCUGAGAAGGCUGCAGUGGUUGCCAUUUGGGGAAAGAUCGCUGCCCAAGCUGAUGCCCUUGGGACCGAGUCACUGGAGAGACUUUUUUCAAGCUUCCCCCAGACCAAGACCUAUUUCCCUCAUUUCGAUCUCAGCCAAGGUUCUGCUCAGCUUCAUGGCCAUGGCUCCAAGGUCCUGGGUGCUAUUGGUGAGGCUGUCAAGAACAUCGAUAACAUUACAGGUGCCUUGGCCACACUUAGCGAGCUGCAUGCCUACAUCCUCCGAGUUGAUCCGGUGAACUUCAAGCUGCUUUCCCAUUGCAUUCUGUGCUCUGUUGCUGCCCACUUUCCCAAUGACUUUACCCCAGAAGUUCAUGCUGCGUGGGACAAGUUCCUGUCCCAGAUUUCUUCGGUGCUGACUGAGAAGUAUAGAUAAACUGUCUCCUUGGAGCAUGAGGCCAUGGCAGCUAGGAGUGGAGUUCCCACCCCUCAUCAUGCAUGCUUCAUGAAUCCCCACACAUGGGUUUUGUCCUUAACAAAAAGUCAAUAAAUAUGUCUUCAUGA